CGCCCCCUGAAUCUAACACACACACUUCCAGUAACAGAGCUCUCACUGUCAAACCUAUAGUGUUAGAUUUAAGUCAUUAUUUGUUUGAGUUUUAGUUCAUCCGUGAAACUGAUGUGUCGGAUGUGACUUAUUAUUUUCUUGGAAGACGCAUUUAACUCAUAUCUGCUGAUUACUAGUUAGUUUGUAGUAUCUGGUGCAUCACGGUCAAUCUUGUUAGUUAGGCAGUAGCUAGCUAAACGUCCACCUGCACUUGUAUUUAACGCUGAUGCUACGCUGCUAGCUAGCUAGCUACCGGCUAACGAGUAGCCAACCCAGUUUAUGGUCAUUCGAGGUCACUUGGCUUUUUGUAUCGCCUUAUUUUGACAAGCUGUGAGCUGAAUUUGAGCUAUCCGACUACGGUAGCUUUGGAAGAAGGCGAAAUGAAGGGCAUUCCAUACUUCUGCCGAGGAGAGGUUAUUCGAGGAUUCGGAAGAGGGAGUAAAGAAUUGGGGAUUCCAACGGCUAACUUCCCAGACUCCGUGGUGGACCACCUACCUGCUGAGAUCAGCACAGGUAUCUACUAUGGCUGGGCUUGCGUGGGCAGUGGAGACAUACACAAGAUGGUGAUGAGCAUCGGCUGGAACCCCUACUACAAGAACACCAAGAAGUCCAUGGAGACUCAUGUGAUCCACACGUUUAAGGAGGAUUUCUACGGCCAGAUCCUCAGUGUGGUGAUGGUGGGCUACAUCCGGCCUGAGAGGAGUUUUGACUCACUUGAGGCCCUGAUAUCGGCGAUCACCAACGACAUCGAGGAGGCCAAGGCCAGGCUUGAGGUACCGGAACACAUCAAGCUGAAGGAGGAUAACUUCUUCACGUCCAAUGCCAGCACGUCUAAGUCAACAGGUUCCACCAUCAUGAACGGUCACUGAUGAUUGGCACACCUUCCCUGUUUGCCAGUCAAGCCCUCUUCCACCUAUCUCUCUGAGAACUGCUGUCAAUCCAGCACGCUUACAAACUGCUUCUAUAUGUAUUUACAGUUUUCUUUUUAUUUUAUUGUUAAGCAUUGUUAAGAACAGUUUAUUUUUAAAUGUUGUGUGUUGGAUCUGUAUGUGGCCUCACACGUGCUGACUGGGAUCACGUGGAAGUUCGUGACAAGGUUCUGUAUGUACAGGUCCACCUGCAACUACAUCAAAGCUCCAGUUUGCCCCUCCCUUCUCCUCUUCCCUCCCUUCUCCUCUCUCCUCCCCUCCCUUCUCCUCUCCUCUACCCUCCCUUCUCCUCUCCUCUACCCUCCCUUCUCCUCUCCCCGACCCUCCCUUCUUCCCUCCCCUCUCCCCCACCCUCCCUUCUCCUCUCUCCUCCCCUCCCUUCUCCUCUCCUCUACCCUCCCUUCUCCUCUCCCCGACCCUCCCUUCUUCCCUCCCCUCUCCCCCACCCUCCCUUCUCCCCCACCCUCCCUUCUCCUCUCCUCUACCCUCCCUUCUCCUCUCCUCUACCCUCCCUUCUCCUCUCCUCUACCCUCCCAUCUCCUCUCCUCUACCCUCCCUUCUCCUCUCCCCGACCCUCCCUUCUUCCCUCCCCUCUCCCCACCCUCCCUUCUUCCCUCCCUCUCCUCUCCCUUACCCUCUCCUCUCCACAGAGCUGUGUCUGUCUAUCUGCUGCAACCUUGGCAAAGGCGGAUAUGUUACUGAUUGAGUUAUCUGGUCUCGGAGCGGAGGGAGGGAAUGGAUGGUUAGAGGGAGUUAAACCAUUCAGGGGGAGGGUAGAGGAGGUUGAAGUGGAUCACUACCAAGCAGGAGCUGUGUUGACGGACAGUUUCUGUACACAUGCUGCUCCUCAUCCAGAGAGCAUUCAGAGGGAUCUGUCUGUUCCAGAUCAGAGCUGAAAUAUAUAUUUUUUAUUUCUUUUUAUUUAUAUCUAAGUUGUGUUUUUUGAAAGACAAGUUGAAGUCCAUUGCCAUGAUCAUUAUCUUCUAUGCUAAUGUUUGUACAAGUCUCAAUACAGAUCUCCCCCUGUUAUCUGUAGCCCUGUUGGCCAUGACCCUAGUGCAACAGCUCCCAGUAGUAGAGCUGUUGUCGCUAGGUAGAUUGGAUGCACAGCAGGAAGUUCGGGAUAUUGUGGAUCUGAUUAUGCAGACCUUAGUUUUGUCUUAGUAUGAUGUAAUCAACUCCAAUUUGAUUGGCCCUUCUGGACAGUACAGGUUGCAUUGUCUCACCCAUUCCCUGACCAAUCAUUAUGUGUGGAUUCGUAGGCAGAGUUUGAUGAGGUUAUAACUUUGUGGAAUCUUCUGCACCAUGUGUCCUCUGAAGGUCUGUUAGAGAUAAGCACUAAUAGAGAAGGGGACUAAGUCCAGUGUCUCAGGUGAUCUGAGGUGUGUGUGUGUGUGUGUGUGAGUGAGUGAGUGAGAGUGGGACGUGUUCAUGUGAUUGACCAGGUAGUGCACAAAUGUGUUUUGUCUGUUGUAAAAGAGGGGAGGGGAGAGAGUAAGGUGGAGCACUGGAUAUCUUUAUAACAGCUGUAAAUACUUGGGAUUCAAGUCAAAACAAGAACACAUAUUCACAGUCUAUAAGUGUAUUUUUAUAGAGACAGUCAUUGUCUUUUUAGAUUCGAUUUUCUGAAGAAUUGAGUUGUGUUGAGGUACAUAUUUUCCUUUCUGUGAAAUAAAGGAAAUGUAUACAAAAUAUACAGUAUAAAAAUGUGUUAUAGCAUGACUAUGCUUCUCUCACAGACCAAAGGCAUGUAAAGGCAGGAACGUCGCAGACUUGGUGAAGGUGCGUGCGAAAAUACACCAACACACACCACAACAUGUUUGUUUUUGUUUUGUUUCCCAUGUUGUGGUGCCAGGGGUGACGGUACAACUCAGCAGUAGAGCAAUCUGUCUGCAGAUCGAGGAAUGGACAAAUGGUCCUAACUGCUAAUGGUAUGACUCCUAAGAGAUCCAUGUUGUGCCCAGAAAUUCUCAUUCAACCGUUUUUAUCAAUCUUCCAACUGUGGCGGCAUUCUGAUGGUAGUUAUAUUUUGCGCUAAGAGACUAUCGGAAGUAAGCCUAGAUUAAUUGUAAACAGUUUCUGUUAGCGAAACCAAAUCUCAUCUUUCUUGCCUCAUUUUUCCUUGUUGGUGUGUGUCAUCUUGUGUUUGUCUCCAAGGCCCAAGCCUGACUGUGUCUUCAGUAUCAUGUUCAUAGAGACAGGCUUUUUGCUGUGCGUGUACAUGUGUAUACCGUUCUUUGAAGCCUCUUUAAUAAACAGACUGAUGUCCGGCUUCUCUCCUCGCUUGUGUGUGAGUACAGCACAUUCAAAAUACAGUGUAUUCCCUCAGUUAUAUUAACUUGUCUUGCCAACAAAUGACUGUAUAGUCAAUACAUAACCAUGUAUUUGGCUGAUAAGAUCUUUA